GAAGAGCAUUUUCCCCUAACAAGAGUCGUCGUGUCUUGUUUUGGAGGGAUGAUCAAAAAGAAGACAUAUAUAUAUGGCGAAAUAUCAGUUUAAAGUGAAUGAUUUAUGCUUGUUUUUAUUUGACAUAAAUAUUCCACGGUAUAGCAAUUCAUUAAAGAUUAUAUUGUACGCGUUUAAAAGUAAAAACUUGUAUUUACGUUAACGUUACCUUGCUGACAGAAGCUUUGAAAGAAUUCAUCCAAAGGCGGCUAAAACUUUUAGUUUGGCUAAAACUGUCUGUCAUCAGUACUAACCGACAGUCUGGGGUCUUAAUCUGCAUUUGAGGCUGUUUUUUUGUCUUUGUGGACACUAGUUUUGGAAAUGCACAGGACUGUACCGAGUCUCCCUCUGGCGCCGUCGGUGAAGGUGAAGCUCAUCAAUGCGGGUUUCCAAGCGGCUUCAGACCUGACAGACAUGAGGCCUCUUCAGCUCUGCAAAGAGGCAGGUAUUUCUCAAGAGGAGGCAGUGGAGCUGCUGCAGAUGUUGAGAGAUGAUGCUCAGCCUCAACAGCAGAGGGCAGCAGCAGACGGCGUAACGGCACUGGAUCUCCUGCACCAGGAGCAAACUCUGGGCAGCAUAGUGACCUUCUGCUCUGGUCUAGAUGAUGCUAUUGGCGGAGGCGUGCCUGUGGGAAAGACCACCGAGAUCUGUGGGGCCCCUGGGGUCGGAAAGACUCAGCUUUGCAUGCAGCUGGCUGUGGAUGUGCAGAUUCCUGUGUGUUUUGGAGGUCUGGGAGGAAAGGCGCUGUAUAUCGACACAGAAGGCAGUUUUUUGGUGCAGCGGGUUGCUGAUAUGGCAGAGGCAGCCGUUCAACACUGCACCCUCCUAGCAGAGGAUACAGAACAGAAAGGAGCUCUGGAGGAACUUAAUGUGGAGAAGAUCCUCUCUAACCUCUUCUUGGUGCGGUUAGUAGUGAUUGACAGCAUCGCCUUCCCAUUCCGGCAUGACUUUGAGGAUCUUUCUCAGAGGACCCGCCUCCUGAACGGCCUUGCCCAGCAGCUCAUCCAACUAGCUACACAACACAGAGUGGCGGUUGUUUUGACCAAUCAGAUGACCACACGAGUUUCAAAUGGCCAGUCAAAACUGGUUCCUGCAUUAGGGGAGAGUUGGGGUCACGCUGCGACGCAGAGGCUCAUCCUGCACUGGGAGGGACAGAGAAGGCUCGCCUCCUUGUACAAGUCCCCAAGUCAAAUGGAGGCCACAGUUCAAUAUCAGAUUACAGUCCAGGGUUUCAGGGAUUCCCCAGAUGAACCCAGACCUACUUUUGAUCCGUCUGAAGUCUCCUCUCCUUCAGCAAACCACAGCAAACGCCCUCGUUUGGAGGAUCUGUCUUGAGGGUCUAUAGCCGACCAUUACUUCAAAGCUCUGGAAAGCCACUUCGACUUCAAAACUCGAAAUAUGCUAAAGAAAAAAAAAGGAAAAAGAAGAGUAUAAAUGUACAGAUAUGAAUAUAUUAUGUAAAAUAUAAUUAAGAACAGUUCGUUCCUGGUUUUUUAAUAGAAUAAAAUACAGUAUAUUGAUUUAUUUUGCCUUUAGUUUGUGCUAUUUAAAUCAGUCAUGCUUUAAAACUCAAAGUAUGCUAAAU